AUGGUUGAUCUGACGAGAUGUUUUAUUCAGCUUGAGAGAAUGAGCUUGUGGAAUUUGGCUACAACAUAUAAGAAUUAUGAUGCAAUUGAUAUCAUGGAUGCUUUGAUUGAGCUCCUCGUAUCAUUGGCUGCUUCGAAGGGAAUGUAUAUUGAUUGGUGUUUGGAGAGGCUUGGAGGCAUUUUACUGCUCCUAAACAUGUCAUUGAUUUUCUGA